UGGCCUUGAAACCCCACCCAUAAUUUAUCUCUCUCUCUCUCUCUCUCUCUCUCUCUCCUGCCAGGAAAAUUGAGCCGUUUCUCUUUAAAGUCCUCUGAGAUCUACUGCCUGUGUAGGACUCUAGAUUAGGAGAUAGAGAUUGGCAGAGAAACUGAAACAAAACAAUAUAACUGGAAGGGAAACCUCACAGAGGAAGCUUGAGGAUUGACGCCAAGGGCAGAGUACAGAAUGAUUGGAGCGGUUGAAGUUCGUUCCAUGGCUGGAGUUGUGACUGUUGUUAGUUGUGCUCUGUAAUUCUAGUAGUUGGAUCAAAGUUUCGCGAGGAUUGGAUGGACACUCUGCUUAUUCUCAGUAGAUGAAUAUAAUAUUGAACGGGCUAAAGUUUACAAUGCAGUAACCAUUUAGAAAAGUUAGGUUUGAUCUGCGCAAGUGUAUUGGAAUAGCCUGCGCAACACACCAUCGUCAUUGGUUGCACUUUCUUUACCUAGUUAUGUCCUCCAAAGACAGUAAAUUGGGUUCAUGUAUUGUGGCAUAAUCAGUUGGUGCUAGUUCUUUUUUCACUUCUGCAGUUAAAGUGCUUCUAUCUUUCUUUUCCUUUUCAAGCAGUGGUUACCUCAGCUUGCGAGUCUAGUUUUGCAUAGUAGUUCAGGAAGGCCAUUUGUAAUUCAUUGCACUGGAAAUUUGGUUUCUCCUAGAGUCCAUAGCUAUGGAAUCCACCAAUCCUAAUGCUAACAUUAUGCCGGGUGUUCUACAGCGGUUGCUUCCUGUUGUUGGACCUGUGCUUCUGAUUUCAGUUGGAUAUAUUGACCCUGGAAAGUGGGCAGCAACUGCUGAAGCAGGUGCCCGUUUUGGCUCUGACCUCGCAGCAUUGAUGCUUAUUUUCAAUUUUGCAGCUAUUUUAUGUCACUAUUUGUCAGCUCGGAUUGGUGUAGUCACCGGAAGAGAUCUUGCACAGAUAUGCAGUGAGGAGUAUGACAAAGGCACAUGCAUAUCCUUAGGAAUUCAAACAGAGGUUUCUGCGAUUCUGUCAGACCUAACCAUGAUCCUCGGCAUCGCACAUGGGCUUAAUCUUCUGUUUGGUUGGCACUUGUUUACUUGUGUCUUUUUGACUGCUGUUAAUGCCAUUUUAUACCCUCUUCUUUCCUCCUUCCUGGAAACUUGCAAGGCGAAGGUCCUAUGCAUAUAUGUUGCAGGAUUCAUACUCCUUUCCUUUGUUCUUGGAGUAAUUAUCAGUCAACCAGAAAUGCCCCGUUCCAUGAAUGGGAUGCUAACAAAGCUGAGUGGGGAGAGUGCAUUUGCACUGAUGAGUCUUCUUGGUGCAAGCAUAAUGCCUCACAGUCUUUAUUUUCAUUCUUCUAUAGUGCAGCAAUAUCAGCAGCAGGCAACUGUUCCCAAGGGUGCUUUGUGUCAUAACCAUUUAGUUGGCAUAGUAUGCAUCUUCAGUUGUGUUUAUAUGGUGAAUUAUGUCCUUAUGACCUCAGCGGAAAAUUUAUUCUACAGUCCAGAGGCAAGUUCUGGCCUUGUUGUACUUGCGUUUCAGGAUGCAAUGUCGCUAAUGGAACAGGUCUUUUGGGGUCCAAUAGUACCGGCUUCCUUCUUACUGGUUCUCAUUCUGUCAAAUCAAAUCACAACAUUAAGCUGGAGUCUGGGUGGAGAUGUAGUCCUGAAUGAAUUUUUGAAAGUGGACCUUCCUGGUUGGCUUCAUUGCGCUACCAUCAGAAUUAUUGCCAUUGUUCCAGCCCUUUAUUUUGUUUGGAGUUCAGGAGCUGAAGGAAUGUAUCAACUGCUUAUAUUCACACAAGUUUUGGCAGCUCUGCUACUACCAUCUUCUGUGAUCCCUAUUUUUCGAAUUGCUGCUUCAAGACCAAUAAUGGGUGCCCAUAAAAUUUCACAAUUUGUUGAAUUCUUAUCCCUGAUUACUCUUAUUGGGAUGCUUGGAUUGAAAAUUAUAUUUGUAAUAGAAAUGAUUUUUGGGAAUAGUGAAUGGGGUGGUAGUUUGAGGUCGCAUGGCGGGAGUAGUAUGUUACUAUUCCUCACUGCUUGUGCAUCAUUUGGUUUGAUGAUUUGGCUAGCAGCUACCCCGUUAAAAUCUGCAAGUGUCCGAUUAGAGGCUCAGGUGUGGAACUGGGAACUGAUGGAGGGUACACCAGAUUCAUUGACAAAUGAAGAAGAUAUUAACAGAGCUGAACCUCAAUAUCAUAGAGAGGCAAGUGUCCAGAGCCAUGAACCAUCACCAUCAUUUGGGUUGGAUGCUGAUUCAGAAGUUGAUAAUUUUGAUCUGGAUCUGCCUGAUACUAUCAUGGAGGCUGAUCAGGAACUUCACCAAACAACUGUAGCAGAGAAUAAUAAUUCUCAUAUUACCUUUCCUUGCUCCCCUAAAAGCUGCAUGGAGGGAUCCACAUCUGCAGUGGAGUCAUUUCCAGUCUCAACUGUUGUUAAUGAUGUUUCUGAUGUCACAUUGGAGGACACCAGUGCACUGAAGUUCAAGUCAACAGAGUCAAUUGAGAAGACUGUUGAAGCUGAAGCAGACUUACCAACUGAAAAAGAUGAUGAUGAGGGAGAUACCUGGGAGCCUGAAGAAUCAUCAAAAGGGGUUUCUGGGAGCACUGCGCCAUUGGCCUCUGAGGGCUCGGGAUCAUUUAGGAGUCUAAGUGGAAAAGGCGAUGAUGGAGGAAGUAGUGCAGGAAGCCUUUCAAGAUUAGCAGGGUUGGGGCGUGCUGCAAGACGUCAACUAGCUGCUGUGCUUGAUGAAUUUUGGGGACAACUGUAUGAUUUCCAUGGGAAUGUAAUUCAAGACGCAAAGGCUAAAAAGCUGGACCUUCUGUUGGGAUCAGAUUCAAAGUCUGUGUCGUCCUCGCUGAAAGUUGAUACCAGUCCAAAGGGAACUUCUGGAUUCUUUCCAUCCGCAGGAGGCAGAGGAUCUGAUUCUCUAAUCAACUCAAGCUUAUAUGAGUCUGCAAAGCAGCAUAGGGUUCAAAGCAGUUUAGAGUCAUAUGCGGUCCAAAGGGGAUCUUCCUCAUUGUUGCCUAGCCACAUGCAGUUGUUAGACACCUAUGUGCAAAAUUCAAGCCGCAGCAUUAUUGGCUCUGGUGAGAGGCGCUAUUCAAGUGUACGCAGUAUCCCAACUACUGAGAGUGGUGAAAGGCGCUAUUCAAGUGUGCGCAGUAUCCCAACUUCUGAGAGUGGUGAGAGGCGCUAUUCAAGUGUGCGCAGUGUCCCAACUUCUGAGAGUGGUGAGAGGCGCUAUUCAAGUGUGCGCAGUAUCCCAACUUCUGAGAGUUGGGAUUACCAGCCAGCCAUAGUACAUGAUUAUCAGAUUGCAUCAUAUCUCAAUCAAAUGGCAAAUGACAAAAGUUCUGAUAACUUGAAUGGUCAAAUGGAGCCAUCAGUCCUACAGUCCGGUUCUUCGUUGGGUGCUGGAAACUACAGAGAUUCACUUGCAUUUACCAUGGGGCAGAGGUUGCAAAAUGGGUUAGGAUCUGGUCAGGCCUCCAGUUUUCAGAACUUUACAGCAUCUAGAAAUAGUCCAAUGCAAUCUGAAAGACCGUAUUAUGAUCCACGGUCUUCUGGAAUUGCUGAGAAUGUGGUAAGUCCAGCCAAUGCAAAGAAAUAUCAUAGUUUACCAGACAUUCACCGGGAGCUUUACAUGCCUGAUAAAAAUGCUAACUGGGAAAGUCCUCUUGGGUAUGGAUCAUCUGCUGGGAUGACCGGUUAUGAAUCAUCCUUGGAUUCAAAUUCUGGGGUACGAACAGGAGCUCCUUUGGCAUUUGAUGAACUCUCUCCAAAUGUCUACAAUUCUCUGUCAUCACAACAGAGUUCAACUUUUAACACUGGGUCGCUCUGGUCUAGACAGCCUUUUGAGCAGUUUGGUGUGGCUGAUAAUAAUCGUACUAUUGGUAGUGGAAUUGGUAAUAGAGUAGGUUCCGUAAACCAAGAAACAACUUCAGUUGCAGAUUCAGAGGCCAAGCUGCUUCAGUCUUUCAGGCAUUGCAUUGUGAAGCUUUUGAAAUUGGAAGGGUCUGACUGGUUGUUUACGCAAAAUGAUGGGGUUGAUGAGGAUCUAAUUGAUCGUGUGGCUGCAAGGGAGAAAUUUCUUUAUGAAGCUGAAACUAGAGAGAUAACGACAGGUCAAAUGGGCGAACCGCAGUACCAUUCUUCAGAUAGGAAGCCUGCUUCUGCAAUGAAGAAUAAUGAUUUGAGUCAGUUUAUGUUUUCCUCGGUUCCUCAUUGUGGGGAGGGGUGUAUAUGGAAGGCAGAUUUGGUAGUAAGCUUUGGGGUUUGGUGCAUCCACCGCAUUCUUGAUUUAUCACUUAUGGAAAGCCGGCCAGAGCUAUGGGGGAAAUAUACCUACGUUCUCAACCGGCUUCAGGGGAUUAUUGAUUCGGCAUUUUCAAAGCCUCGUUCUCUGAUGUCACCAUGCUUCUGCCUUCAAGUUCCCGCUGCACACCAGCUGAAAUCAAGUUUAUCAUUUUCAAAUGGAAUACCUCCUGCUGCUAAACCAGCCAGGGGAAAAUCCACAACUGCAGCAACGCUUCUAGACAUAAUCAAGGAUGUGGAGAUUGCAAUCUCUUGUCGAAAGGGCCGGACAGGGACAGCAGCCGGUGAUGUAGCUUUCCCAAAGGGAAAAGAAAAUCUGGCAUCUGUCCUCAAACGCUACAAGCGUAGAUUAUCCAACAAAGCAGCUGGCACUCAUGAGGGUCCUGGUUCGCGCAAGUCUCUGGCAUCUGCUCCUUAUGGGUAAUAGCUUUCAGUUUCAUACA